AACUUCAAAAUGAGGCUUAGAAUUUCGGGAUUAGGCUAUCUGUUACUGCAGUUUAUAGCGCUGUCUCUCCACACACAGAUCUCUGUACAGCACCCGCCAAACUUUAAGCACCACGUAAAUGAGCAAAGCCGCCUCUCGGACAGGAUGAGCCGAAGACUGACCAGAACGUAUCAGCUCUACAGUCGGACAAGUGGGAAGCAUGUGCAGGUGCUGGGAAACAAACGGGUCAAUGCCAACGGCGAGGACGGAGAUAUCCACGCUAAGCUCAUUGUGGAGACUGACUCGUUUGGGAGUCGGAUUCGUAUAAAGGGAGCAAGGACGGGCUACUACAUCUGUAUGAACAAGAAAGGAAAGCUCAUUGGAAGGAAAAAGGGCCACGGCCGCGACUGCAUCUUCACGGAGAUCGUGCUGGAGAACAACUACACGGCGCUGCAGAACGCCAAGUACAAGGGCUGGUACAUGGCCUUCACGCGCAAGGGCCGGCCGCGCAAGGCCUCGCGCACGCAGCAGCACCAGCGGGAGGCGCACUUCAUGAAGCGGCUGCCCCGCGGGCACCUCCUCACCGAGAGGAGGCCCUUCGACCUCGUCCCUUACACCGCCGGCCGCAGGACUAAACAGGGCCGCCAGCAGCAGCAGCAGGCGGUCAACCGGUAG